AUGCCCGAUAUCAACGAGAUCAUAAAUUCGAUCGGUAACGAUGAUUCACAAGAUGAAAAACAACGAGACAGAGAAAUACGCGGACGUCGCGGAAAAUCCAACGAUAGAUAUAAAAUAAUAAAGAAUGAACAAUUAUGGAAAAUAAAAUUCGCUAAAUAUCUGAUUAACGAUCUGAAAAAUUACGGGCCAACAGGUUUAAUUCAUAUGAACGCACUAAGUAUACUCACGGGAAAACCAAUUCGAAUAUGGAAGCCGGACGGUCGUUUAUGUCAAACGAUUAAUAAUGGAACGAGCGAUAGUUUGAUUGGGCAUACUAUCAAUGUCGAAUAUCACAAACAAGCACCAAACUGUAUAGGACAUUGGACAUUAUUGGGUAAUAAAGAUCCCGUUGAUGCCGAAACCGAUUUAAAUAUGUGUCUGUUCACAGUAAUUGCUGCUCAAACAGGAAAGAGCGCUAUCGAUUUAAGAACAGACACCAUUGAUUUUCUAACGAACAACACGAAACAUUUGAUCGCUCAAAUCGAUACGUUUCUAUCCUCAAAUGGUAAUAACAAUAAAACGUCGCUAAUGAUCGGCGGCGCUCGAUAUAUUGGUACAUCACCUAAGGCAGCAGGUGUCGUACUUGACAAUUCGCAAAAUGUUUACUGUCGCGGAUGCAGGGCUCCUGGACAUCCAAGAGGUCACGCAUCCGAUGCAAAUGCUACAGGUGUAUACGAUAGCGUCGAAAAUUAUUCUCGACUAACAGGAAGUAUGAAAUCUGGUUUCCUAAGCAGAACUGACCAAAAUAAUGUUGCUCAUCUCGUUUUGAAACACGAGAAGACACAACAGGCCAUGAGAGACUUAAAUGAAGGCAUGUCAUCUGUGGCGGUAAAAUUAUCAAGACGACAGUUAAAUACUGAUGGACAUGCCUUACCAAAAAUGAAGGAGUGUUACAAUGGCGAGAUGUUAUUUGAAAAUCUAGAUAUUUUUCAAAUUACGAUAGUAUUACGACACCACCAGGGAAAGUAUAUGGAUCCAAAUGCAGACGUUUUAGUACAUACAUUUUACCCAAAUAAUAAGGUGUACUGA